AUGGAUAUCCGCUUAUGUGAAGAAACGUCAUGGCAAGUCGUAUACGAUGUGCUCACUGAAAUGAACAUUUUUGGAGAAGACAUGCGAGCCACAAGCUUUAGGAAGCCAGUACGAGGACAAGACCGAGGACCAAGCCGUCAUAAUGCACGCCGACAAGAACUCGACAAAGCCCUUGGCACCGUCACCAGAUCGUUCGGAAAUACCACGACUGAAGAUAGCAAUCCAUAG